AUGACGGAAGUCAUGGACGUCUUGCAGCGCUUGAGAGAGCUGGGCUUCCAGCAUGGGCGAUAUCAAAGCAAGUUCUUAGUUCGCCAUGAACCAAAGACUCAACGAACCAAGAGAAUCCGCCGUGGAUCUCCUUGGGAAUCAACAUUUAUGCGGAAGUCUAAAGCUGAAAAGAGGGCGAGUUCCCAAGAAAUCGGUCAAAUAUCCGAUAUCAUCUUACGGCCGUGGGAGUAUCCGAUGGCAGCUCAAAACCUCUCCGUUAUCCUCAUCCAAAAGCGCGUGCGUGGUAUGCUCUGUCGCUCAGCCAAUGGACGUCAACAAGUGUCCAAGAAGAUGAAUAUCGGUCGUGCCCGCAGUCCAAUGCAGCAGUUUGUCACGAGAGGAGGGAAGUAUUCCGAUGAGCGUGGCUUUCGUACGUUUGUCGCUACAAAAAUCCAAGCCUGGUUUCGGAUGCAGAGACUGCGCUGGCGAGGAACACUCGAGCGCUAUCCGCUCUACCACAUCGCAGCACUUCAGCUCCAGUACGCCUGGAAAACGUACUCGCACCACAAAAUGUACCAACGACAAGCGCGCAGCAUCAACCCGGCAAUGACGCCUAUAGAUCGCGCUGCGUUGUGCAUUCAGACCAACUGGAAGAGCUACACACAUCGACGCAUUUUCCGAUACUAUCGCGAUCUCCUCACAUUCCGCAGUACCGGAGACCCAGCACGAAUGCUGCGAGCUAUCAACCCUUCGGAAGCGUCUCUACUAGACGCUUCUAUGGGCGCACAUGUCCGAUUCCGUCUCGGAGGUCUCGCGUUUCCUCCCACUAUCUACUACAAGAUCUUCACUCGUAAACCCGUAUGCGAUCUAGGUGCGUUUAGUCCUAAGAAUUACACCGUAACUCGUCAAAGUGGUCCGGUGAGUCACUCGCACGCUAAGCGUCACACCACGUACAUCCGAGUGGGCAAUUCGUACUAUAGAGCGCGACAGCAAGCGGAAAACACUCGGCUAUGGUAUUGUCGUCUCGAGAAUAAUGGCUGGCGGCCAGUGACUGCCAAAGUGCUGGCCGAAGCCAACGCAGACCCCAUCGCUCAAGCCACGGGCAGUCGUCGCGCUGUCGACGAAUUCCACUACUCGAAACUUGUGCGACAACAAGAUCGCGAACGUGCUCGUCGCCACAAGAAGCGACUGUGGAUGCAGAAACUCUACACACAAGGACUGCUCACUGCAGCGGACCGUCCCGAGGAGCUACGGGACGAAGAUCAAACUGUCAAACAGCCGUCGCUGCUAUUCGACGUGGACUUUGAGGACGAAAACUGGGAGGCUGAGGCCGAAGAAAUGUUCCAAUGGGCGUCUGCGCUCGACUAUGACGAGUACGUCGACAACUGGUAUGAACUUGGUGGCACUGCUGCUACGGACGAUGAGCUGCAAUAG